UAAGAGUAUUGACAUUUAAAGAAGGAAAACUUUUUCGUUUUAGAUGGCACCAAUGAAAAUCAGUGUGCAACGUGUUGGUACCAUCGCAUUGCUAGCAGUGCUUGGUCCUGCGGGAAUCAUGCUCAAUAUGAUCGUGAUGAUCGCCAUCCUGAGAAAGAAACAGCUACACACAAGCACAUACAUGCUUUAUUUCCAUCUAGCUGUGUGCGACUUUCUUACUGCGCUUUUCGGCUCCACCAUGGGAAUCAGCAUCUACACAACCGGCGAUUUUAUAUUCUGCCAGUGCGUCGCCGUCAUGAUAGUAUUAUUCUACGUUAUAUCAAUUGGUAACGUAGCUUUAAUUGCGUAUGAUCGAUUUGUAUACUUGAGCUCACCGUUAUUGUACCUCGUGAAAGUAACAAAGACACGAGUACUAGGUUUGUUGGCGUGUAUUUGGUUAGUAAGUAUUUGCAACCUCGUCCCAGUACUUUGGAUAAGAAAGAUGUUCGUGUUUAACGAAACAGUCGAUUUAAAAUUAAGCCAAAGAAAUUGCAUCAUAUCGCGAGUGCUUACGAGAGAAUUUCUGUUGUGGACAGUCGUUGCGCUGACCAUACUACCCACCCUUGUGGCAGCCAUUUUAAACAUCAGAAUAUACCAUCUCGCAUCACUACAUCACAAAAAGAUACAAAAGACAACAAUCUCAUGGCAACGAACACAAAACGUGGUGAAGAAAAACGCCCAUGAUGACGGCACAUCCCCGUCCAAUACGAUAAACAAGCGCCAGAUAAACAAAAAAGCGGUGCGCACGACGAUGAGCAUCGUGGUCACACAUCUCAUAUGCACUAUGCCCUACUUGACAGUAAUAAUAAUCGAAGCAUCGUGUGACCACUGCAUUCCAUAUAAGCAGAUUAAACAGGCCUAUAGUUUAUUUCUACUGAACUAUCUCACAACCGUGUUAAAUCCAUUAAUAUACACACUAACGAACGCCGAAUUAAGACGAGAAAUUAAAAUUAUGUUAAGGCUUUGUCGACACAAGAGCAAGGUUGUAUUGUCUGAAACCUCAACGUCUGCUGCUCGAUCGCGGAGUGGGACCGAAACAAGCAGCACAAGCAAGCCGGGAGGACUAGGUUCGAAGAAAUCGAUCAGUGCUGCAUAAAACGAAACCUACCUUUAUUUAUCAUUGGCUCUAUAGUGAACACGUGACCAGGUUUCAUUACGCCAACAGCUUUGUUUUCUAUAAAAAGAAUAUAUUCAUUUUACCUCCGUGCAUACCUAACGCGCUUGAAAGCAGUUAAUCUUACGAGGUACUUAAACCAAUACGUACUAGCAUAGUGUGGAACAUUUGGAGCUGUAUGAAAUAACCUAAAUAUAGAAUAAAAGUCAAUCCAAAUAUAAAUGCUACAAAAUUGAUAAGAAAGCGUAAUAUACUUGACUUUAGUUUAAAAUACACUUCCAUUUGAAGCAAGCAGAAAUGUACCAGUACAUCAGUAAACGCGUUUUGCCCACCUUCAUUGAUUUGACAAACGAACCAUUACUCACCGAUGUAUACCAUGACCGCAGUAAGUUCUUGUGACGGAACAACCAUUAGCGUGUGCUUCUUUUUGUAUGUACUGCCCCAUGUCACGAUAUCUAGCCCCAGGUUUCACUACAUAAUACAACAGUAUUUAUUCUCUGUUAAAAUUUCCAAUUUAGAAAAAAUAAGCAAGUAAAUAAAUUACCUUCGUUAACAGCGGCCAUCAAAGAGUCAUACGCUGUCUCAACCAGCAACUUAGUGUCGUCGUCGACUUUCCCGACGAAGAGAGUUUCGUUCAAAUCCCCAUGGAAACCGUCGUAAUAACACGUCACAUCGACUACGAAAGAACACGAAGAGUAUUUGUGAUGGUAUUACAAAAGGUCAGCUGUUGGUACUUAUAUUUCACUCUUAUAAGUUAUUUUUACCAAAAACUCUUUCAUACGCAAAAACUAGGCUGGAAUCCUUGAAAUUAUUACAACUUUAAAAAAUACUCCCAUCUCAGUUGUUUUCAUUAUAAAACAUGUGGUUAUACACCUUAAAAUUUUUAUAUGGUUUUGUUUUGUAAAACACACAUAAAAAUAAAAACUGCUCAAAUAACUGUGUCUCUGUUAGUUCUUUCGUCACUACAAGAAUGUAAUACCAACGCGUUAGGCACGCCGACUCACUGUAGAAAAUGGACCAAUACGUAAAGCGUUA